AUGAGUGCCUCCGACGCAGGCAUGUUGCGUGUAGCUGGCAUACUGCCGGGUACACUGCCGCCAACGGCGACGGUGUCGGGUGAUCCGAUGCUGACUCCCACGCCAACACCAAUCAUCGGAGCACCCGAAGUCGACUCGGACAACUGCAAACUUAUGGGUCCUUUCGCUCUUUUCGUUCAGGCCAUCAUGGGCAUCCUCGUCAUCGCUUCUCUCGUAUAUAAGCGACAAAGAGAAAAGCCAAAACGCAAAUGGAAGAUCUGGGCACUGGACGUCUCCAAGCAGCUUCUUGGUCAGCUCUUCGUGCACAUACUCAACAUCAUCCUUUCUGACUUUGUCGCAAGUGGCGGAGGAGAGAAUCCUUGCUCGCUCUAUUUCCUCAACAUUCUCGUCGACACUACACUAGGCGUCUUCUUCAUCUACAUUGCUCUCAAAUUUGUCACCUGGUUCCUUACACAACGCCUUGGACUGCAAGGUUUCGUUUCGGGACAGUAUACGCCACCACUUCCCACUGCCGAGCCUGCAACCGGAUCUUCAACAACUUGGUCACAACAGUCGCGCGCAUCUCAUACAUCCUAUCCAAGAGGCAGGCCAAGGGUGCGCUACUGGCUCAAGCAACUCGGAUCGUACCUCUUCGUCCUCUUCCUCAUGAAGAUGGCCGUUCUCGUCAUACUCGCUGUUUUCCCAUUCCUCUACGAUGUCGGAUCAUGGAUUCUCGGUCUCUUCGGCAGUCACAAGGACUUCCAAGUGCUUUUCUCCAUGGCUUUGUUCCCGCUCGCCAUGAACAUUCUCCAGUUCUGGCUCAUCGAUUCCCUUCUCAGACAUAACCCAUACACUUCGGCAUAUAGCAAGAUGAACCCUGAUGACGAGCAGUUCUUCAAUAGCUCAGAUCGCUUCUCCGAGUCCAGACCCUCUCUCGAUGGCAAUGAUCGUAAACAUUCAAUAGGUGAGGCAAACGACGACGAAGCUGAUGAUCACAAGAAGCGUCACAUUCAGCCACAUGCUUCAGGCUCGAACGAUUCGAGGAGGAGACCGUCUCCACAACCUUUGUCGCCUCCGCAAGCAGAUCAGCCGUACGACUAUCCUCCACCGAACGACCUCUACGGGUCUGUCCAAAAGUCUCCUCCCUUACGGCCCACCGGUUUACCCGACGAGAUGCGUCGUCAAGCCAGUAUGUCACUCUCUGAUCAUGGCUCUGACGAGGAACGGGGAUCGCAGAGUAUUCACCAAGCUCUGACUUCCAGCGAGGCAUCAUUACAGCGCUCCGAGUCACACCAUCUCAAGCAAGUCAGCAACGACAGCAAAGAGUAA